AUGCUUCAAUGUCGAGUUAUUCAAGGAAAAGAACAAUAUCAAUUAAUUCCGGCUUCACAACAAAUCGAUUAUAAUAAUAUUAAUUGUCAAAAUAGUCAAAUAUUUGAUUUUAAUGAAAUACACAAUAACAACACCUCAUCUUCAUCACAAUUGCCACUUCUUUUAAUGAAAAAUAUCUCGUUACCCAUUUCAAAAUCUCUUCUUCAAAAUCCAACUUCAUUAUGUAAACCACAUCAAACUAUAGAAUAUAGCAAUACUGCUAAUUUUCAAAAUGAUAAUGAUCAACAAAAUAUUGGUCCUCUUGACCAAGAACUGUUCAAUUUUGAACAAGACAUUUUAAAAGAUAAUAACUAUUCAUCGAUUGUUUUUGAUUUGAAGAAAAUUCGUAAUUCAUCUAAUGAUACAUCAUCGGUUCUAUGUACACCUGUUCAUUUAUCAAUUAUAACAGAUUAUCAAUUGCGCGAACCGAUUCUAGACAAGAUUAAUCCAGAGAAACAAACAGAAAAAGUUCAAGAAACAAAUCAACUUCAAUCGAUUAUUCAAAUGACUGAAUCAUAUUGCGAUACAGAUAAGAAUUUACAAACGACACAAGUGAUAUCGAGCGAUGAUCCUCAUAAUACGGAAGAAGUUGCUGAUGAAUAUAAUUCAAUGGAAAUCGAUACAGAUUUAAAUCGAGUUGAUUCUACUACAUUUCUAUCAUCAACUACUGGUAACACCUCAAAUGUCAACAUCGAUGAUAUUCCUGGUGUACACAGAGACACCGACGCUAGUAUAUCAUUUCUUGAUACAACAACAUCAACUUCAGGUUCUACUAUUGCUAUUAAAUCUAAAUUAGAUCGGCAAAAUAAACACCUCGAUAUUGGUAAAUCAUUAAUUUCCAGUGAAGUACAUGAAGGUGAUUUAAAUGAUAAGUUGGUUUUUAUGGGCGAUUGGUUUGCUACGAAGAAUCUAAAAGGUAUAGUAAGUUUAACAAAUGGUUAUCUUAAUGGACGUCCUGAAAAUGGUACUCAACAACAAAAGCACUUUGCCAGUGCCCUGGCAAAAUAUGGUAUCGAUUUUACUGAUUUCGAUCAGUCUUUCAAAAAAGAAAAAGCUGAAAGUCUUCCACGGACACUUGAUGUAUCAGAUAUUAAACAAUCUUCUUAG